AGUUUCUGAGCACCGCCGGGUUCACACUGCCUGUAAUGCAGGGAAAAGGCGUCCAGCUCUGUUUUGAGGACACACUGGUCGCUGUUAGGUUAUCUAGCUGUUCAGCGAGUGGUGUUAGCGAGCUGCCCAGCUAAACACGAGACAUACGAUUCUUCAAACUGUAAAAACAGGAUCAGUGUCCGACACCAUCAGCUGAAAUCAGCAGAGAGUGAAGCACGGAGCGGUGCAGUCCUCAGUACCUCUGAACUAAAGAGCUGUGCUCUGUACUUUUUAAUGACUAUGGACAACCUGCACAGUGGUCUUGUUGAUUUUGAAUAACUUUUUUAGUCUUUACUCAUGCCCGCCUCUUUUGGUGUGUUUGAAUUGUGCUCCUCUUCACUACACUUUCCUGUAGGGUUGAUAACUCACCAGCACCAUUACCACCAUGCCUUUGACAGCCACUGUUAUCAGCGGGGUGCAGAAAUGUGUGCUGUAUGAGACAAGGGCUAGAUAUUUUCUUGUUGGGAGUAAUAAUGCUCAAACUAAGCAUCGUGUCCUGAAAAUUGACCGUACUGAACCACGAGACCUGGUCAUUAUCGAUGAUAAGCAUGUAUACAGUCAAAAGGAGGUCCGGGAGCUUCUGGGGAGAUUGGAUCUAGGAAACCGGACAAAGAUUGGGCAGAAAGGCUCCUCUGGCCUUUCCAGAGCAGUGUCUGCUUUCGGCAUUGUAGGCUUUGUCCGUUUCCUAGAAGGCCACUACAUCAUUCUGAUCACCAAACGUCGCAAGAUGGCAGACAUUGGGGGACACUCCAUCUAUAAAAUAGAAGACACAAACAUGAUCUACAUUCCCAAUGACUCAGUAAGAGUUCCACACCCUGAUGAGGCCAGAUAUGUGAGAAUGUUUCAAAAUGUGGAUUUGUCCAGUAACUUCUAUUUCAGUUACAGCUAUGACCUGAGCCACUCUCUGCAGUAUAACGUGACGCUGUUAAAAGUCCCCUACAGCCCUGGAGAGGUAGAUAAGCUCCACAACAGCAGCAGUAAACUGGAGAGCUUUGACAUUUUUGAGGAUGAAGGCCUCCCUACUCAAGUGGUCUACGGCUUAAGGAAUAAACCCUACGCCAAAUAUGUGUGGAACAGUCGUCUGCUGGAGAAGAUUCAGGAUACGGUGCAUCCAGACUGGCUCAUGUACAUCAUCCAUGGAUUUUGUGGGCAGUCUAAGUUGCUUAUCUACGGUCGACCAGUUUAUGUCACGCUCAUUGCUCGGCGCUCCAGCCGUUUUGCAGGAACGCGCUUCCUCAAGAGAGGAGCCAACUGUGAGGGGGAUGUGGCGAAUGAGGUGGAAACGGAGCAGAUCAUUCAUGAUGCCUCAGUGAUGUCGUUAACAGCAGGCAGUUACUCGUCCUACGUGCAGGUGCGAGGCUCUGUGCCUCUCUACUGGUCUCAGGACAUCUCUACCAUGAUGCCUAAACCACCAAUACGAUUGGACCAGGCUGACCCGUAUGCACAUGUGGCUGCACUUCACUUUGACCAGAUGUUGCAGCGGUUUGGCUCUCCUAUCAUAAUCCUCAACCUUGUAAAGCAGAAGCGAGAAAAGAGGAAGCACGAGAAGAUCCUGAGUGAGGAGCUCUAUCCAGCAGUCACCAACCUCAAUCAGUUUCUGCCUCCCGAGCACUGCAUUGAGUACAUCGCCUGGGACAUGGCUCGCUACACUAAGAGUAAACUCUGUAAUGUUUUGGACCGCUUGGGGCUGAUUGCUGAAAAUGUUGUAAAGCGAACUGGAUUCUACAUCAACCGAGCAGACUUCCACUGUCAUACCUUACGCCCAGACGAGAGAUGGGGUGAUUUAGGAGGACUGGUGACCGCUCAUGGCAGGCUUCAGACUGGAGUUUUAAGGACUAAUUGUGUGGAUUGCUUGGACCGCACCAACACUGCCCAGUUCAUGGUGGGCAAAUGUGCCCUGGCCUAUCAGCUUUAUGCACUGGGGUUGACUGACAAGCCAAAGCUACAGUUUGAUACAGACUGUGUCAGGUUAUUUGAGGAGCUGUAUGAGGACCAUGGGGACACACUGUCUCUGCAGUACGGAGGAUCUCAGCUGGUUCACAGAGUCAAAACAUACCGCAAGAUUGCUCCAUGGACGCAACACUCUAAAGACAUCAUGCAAACACUUUCGCGUUACUACAGCAAUGCCUUCUCAGAUGCAGACAGACAGGAUGCCAUUAACCUCUUUUUGCAAGUGUACCAGCCUGUUGAGUCUAAGCCGCACCUUUGGGAACUGCCUACCGACUUCUAUCUCCACCACAGCAACACCAUGGCCUUGCCUCAGGAGAGACGCAGUUACACAUAUUGGUGGUCAGAAGGUGUACUGUCUCACCUGCCUGUUCCAUAUGAUGAAGUUCCUUGUGAGAAGAACAAACAAAAGGUGGCAGUGAAACGAGUAAACCAGUAUGAUGAAAGCACAGAUAUGUACACAGAGUUCUUCAAGCCAUAUGAACUCACUUCAUUUGACGACACAUUCUGUAUU